GCACGCUUCCCAAUUGGUCGUGUCAGUCAAACAACGGCCUUUGUCUGCGCUCGCCUUUCCCGAUUCGGUAGGGGGUGAAUGAUACAGGAGAUGAGAUCCCUUCGAGACCCAGGCGGUGCGCCGGGCCCACCAACCCAACAAGCAGGGGCCGGCUGAACCACCUCCUGCGCGGCGCCGCUCUUCUUCCUUCUCCACCUUCACCGAGUAUAUCAUACCGUAUUGUCCCUCAUUUGAGAAUAGCAAUUUCGCGCGUUCACUCAUUCACGCCGAUAUUGUUGUUUGCUCCCAGUCUCUCCUUCACCAACCACAUAUACCUAUAGCCGCCGUUGAACGACGUUACGACCUCUCUGCCGUACAUCAAUACCCAACUGCGUCCGCAAGCGACCAGCACACAUACUUCAGAAUGCGUUACUCCUCUGCUCUGGUGCUGAGCACCCUCGCCGUUGGCCAGGCCGCCGCUGCCAACCACCAAAACCGCCACGCCAGCUUCCACGCCAGGCGUCAGGCUGACACCAAGGCUUCCAAGGACAUCAACUGGAGGGCCGUUGCCUACGACCUGAACGACGUCGACUGGGACAAGGUCAACUGGAGCUCUGUCUUCGCCUCCCCUACUCCCACUCCUGCUGCCCCGGCCGCUCCCGUCGUCCCCACUGUCGCCCCCGAGGAGAAGACUUCUGAGAAGCCUGCACCCACCAGCUCCGCUGAGGUUGUCAAGGUUCAGGAGGUCAAGACCUCGGCCGCUGCUCCCUCUUCCACCAAGGAGGUUGCUACUUCCAGCGCUCCGGCUGCCACUCCCUCCUCUUCUACCCCCGACCUCGGUGACCUUAUCGAUGACAUUGGUGACGCCGUUGGUGACGUCGUUUCCGACCUUCUGCAAGGUGUUCAGACCAUUGUCAAGUCUCUGGGUAUCGUUUCCACCGGCAAGAACGACAAGUCGAACAACGGUGGUAUCUGGAUUGGCGAUGAUGGCGACUGGAAGGCCGAAUUCACCAACGAUGCCAACGAGGAUGGUGUCAUCUUCUGCUGGAAGGCUGAUGGCUUCAACGGCAUGUCCCUGAACGUCAACCAGCCAGAGAUCUCUGUUGGUCUCAAGCCUGGACAGAAGACCGUUGUUUCUUUCGCUCCUGGUGUUCCCUCCGCCUGCGCUCCUGCCUUCAAGGACUCCAAGCUUGCCAUCUUCGGUGGUCUCGAGCAGACAUGGUGGGAGGUCACCUUCGGCCAGUGGGGUGCCUUCGACGUCUCCCGUAACGUCAACAUGAAGGGUCGCAAGAUCAGCUCCAAGGGAUCCAAGUGCACAUCCGACAUGGAUGUCUGUGUCUUCAAGUGCAAGAAGAAGAACGGUGUUGAGCCCGACAACUGCGAGAAGGGAGAAGACUACGACCUCUUCGAGUGCGGCUCCGGCACUGGCGGUGGUGGCGGCUACGACCCCAUCAUGGCCGGUACCGGUGGUGGAUGCGCCAUGGGCUCCAACAGCGAGACUGUCAAGGUCUCCUUCUCUUAAGCGCUGCGGAUCUCCGGUCGGCGUUGGAUCUUUCGAAUUUCUUCAUGCACAUCUUUCAUCAUAUUCCCCGUCCAUCUACACUAGCUCUGGAUACUCCUGGCCCAUCUUGGCAAUCUUAUGAUAUUGUCGCUUCUCGCAGGAUACCCUUAUGACCUUCGGUCAGCUGAAGUUGCGCAAUGUUGACGAGGUCUUCGCAUGUGGACUCUUAAUGGUCAACGUGUUUUCUGUAUAACUGUCUAUUGUUAGUAAAGGAAAAGUUCAAAAAACACCCGACCUCGGC